GGUCCAGUUUAGUCCAUCUGGCACACAAGCUAGCUUCAGAGACACAAGUCCUGCGCCAAUUUACAACACACCCACGGAUAACACACACACGCAUCAGCAGGUACUGCAUCAGUGCUCUCAUUUGCUUCUCAUACUUCAAUUGCAGUAACCUAAAUCAAGCACACAGGUGUGUUUUCAUACAAAGCCUUCCUCUGAGGAUAUCAGUAGCUGAAGAGAGGCACCACCAUGAUACUGCAACACAACUAAAGUUCCUGAAUGCAGCAAGCUGAUCGUAAUUACUUGUGUGUGCGAGUUGUUCGACGACACCAAAACUGCUGCUCAAAUUCGACUUUAAGCUACGCAUCAUGGAGAUGUUUACCUGAAGACAACUUCCUCAACCAGCUCAACUGUUCCUUGCCUUAAAGCAUAAAGUUCUACAAUAUAUAUCAACUCAAUACUUGAAAUAUAUAAGCGUUUUUUUCCUCAAUCCAGUGCACCUCCAUCCUCUAAUGAUGCGUACAGACCACAAAGGCAGAAGCGCCUCUCCUCACAGGAUCACAUAUGAGACUGACUUCCAUGCCAUUAAAUGCUCCUUUGACAGUGGGACUGGCCUAAAGCAUGGCUCCAAAGCUGCCUCUGCCCAAUGUUCUACCAUGCACCAGUCCACGCUACCAACCAGCCUCUCAGAUCCCCUUGUGUGCGGUGGAGGGAGAACCCACAGCACCAGAGGGACAAAAAUCAGAGACAACAUCUUCCUUCAAAUGGACAACCAACAGUCGAAACAAGAUGGUGGCUCAGUGCAAUGUAGUUCCGCCUCCACAGCAACCCUCCUUUCUCCACAGAAUCCAAGCGUGCAGCUGCAAACUUCGCCUUUUUCCACCUCCAGACGUCUGGUGAUGGGUUCUGUUCAGAGCACCGUUGCCAGCAUUUGCACUCCCGAAGCCUUCUUACAAGAUAAACCAGCCAGAUCAGAUGAGAUAAGGGAUAUAGACAGGGUUGCUCUAGCACAAAAGUUCUCUGUGACCAGGAAGUUGUUUGAGACCAAGGUAAUCACGGGCGCUGCCCAUGGGGGACAGGUGUCCAAAUGUAGUUUGAGCAAAGAGAAAGAGGAAAAAGAGAGCUUGGGUCAAGACAAAUGCACAAAAACACCCAUUGUAAAUAUGUCCUUGCCAACAACAACAACAACAGGCCUUAAAUCUCUUAUGUCAGAUGUCCUCAGUGGGGCAUCAACUAAUUCUCCUACCAGUGCGGGCUCAAAGACUCAAGCAGAGGAAGAAGAGGCUGAAAGAGUGAUUGUUGAGCCCAGCUUGACCCCUGAGGAGCCGCUCAGGGCAGAGCUUGUCCAUGUGAAGUCAUCGGAUAGCGAUGAAAGUGAGGAAAAGGAGAAAGAAUGGGUUGCAUAUAAGAGAGACAAAUUAAUGGGUGUAAAUGUACGUGUCGAAGACCUGGUAGAUGAUGUUUUUGAAGAGCCCAGUGUGGAGAUGGAACUAAACGCAGGAGACUAUAGAGCGAUGGCUGACAAGUAUAAGCAGGUGAAUGAACAAUGUUGUGAGAUUGAAAGGGAGGAGCUGAGCCAACAAGCUGACAAGACAAGAGAGGUGUGCUAUGAGAUGGGUGAAGCGGAGAGAGAAAGUUCUACAAAGGAGGAUGUUAAAAAGGCGGGGAAGGAAGUGUGUGUGACACCUGAGCUGCAGGAAUGUGCCAAUAUGGAGCAAGAGGGAUUCAGAGAAGAAGGCGACGAUGGAAAUGUUGACAGUGGCGGAGAGGUCAAAUCUUCUGAACAGGAGUCUCCUUUGACAUCUCAGGUGCAAGACUUGGAAAGUUCUGUACUGUCAUUAGAAUAUGAAGAAAUUCCCGGCAUUCCUCAACUGCCUGAUCAGGAUGACGGAGAUGCACAAGAGGUCUCCAAGAGAAAAGUCCACUUCUCCUCAGCACCAAUCAAGGUGUACAGCACCUACUCCAAUGCAGAGUAUGAUCGACACAAUAAAGACAUCGACCCAGUGUCCGCCUCGGCCGAGUACGAGCUGGAGAAGCGUGUGGACAAGAUGGACAUUUUUGAAGUGGAAAUAGAAAAGGAAGAUGAUGGACUGGGCAUCAGCAUCAUCGGAAUGGGUGUGGGAGCUGACCAAGGCCUGGAAAAACUAGGAAUCUUUGUCAAGACUGUCACCGAAGGAGGCGCAACACAUAAGGAUGGAAGGAUUCAGGUUAAUGACCAGAUUGUGGAGGUGGAUGGAGUGAGUUUGGUGGGAGUGUCGCAGCUGUUUGCAUCCUCAGUGCUGAAGAAUACAUCAGGCUUGGUCAAGUUUCUGAUUGGCCGGGACAAAGAGGGGGUGGAGAGUGAGGUGGCGCGCUUGGUCAAUGAAAGCAUGGAGUUGGAGAAAGCCUCACAAAAGGAAAAGCGCGCAAGGACAGGCGGGGAGUCAGAAACUGAUGCUCGCAUGUUUGAGUCUCUGUCCAUGUCUGAGGAAGAGGGUGAAGAUGAGGAGGCUGAUGCAUCUAUACUUUCUUGUCUUGAUAAUGACCAGUUGUGCCUAAAAUACCAACAGGUACGGAGUUCAGUGUGGAAGACCCUGUUGUAUCUUUAUAGCUUGAGUAUUCCCAGAAGAGUGCAAGUCAUCCCUCGCUAUGUUGAGCUUCAGUCCAAACUGCGAAGUAGAGCAGCCCAGCUUCACCAAGCAAGAGAGAAGUUAAAAGCAUAUGAGGAGCGGCAGGAGAGCUGGGAGAGCCAGAAGGCUGAGCUGCAACAAAAAGUGGAGGAUGGAGAAGAGAAGGCUGACAAGCUAGAAAAGUAUUGGCAAGAGGCCCAGACAUUGUGCAGGGUGGUGAGCCAGCGACUGGCUGACGCCCAGAGCCAAUCAGACAGCCUGGAAAUCAAGUACAGCAAGGCCAAGCGAUUGGUCCGAGACUACCAGAGCAGAGAGGAGGCGGCGGAGAGGAGAGAGGCAGAUUUGCGCCGGGAAAUUGAGGAGAUAAACAAGCAGCACAGGGAGACCAUUGAGAGACUUCAAGCCCAGCUCGAGAGAAAAGAGCCAGAGUCUGCAGGGAAGAGUCUCACAUCAGAUCCAGACUGGUAUGUUGCAGUACCUGACACACAGCGACUGGACUGCAGUGCUCACAUAGCUCGAGCUCAGCUGGCCCAGAAGUCCAAGCGUCAGCCGCCCUCACGGGACAAACUCAGGGAGAGCUUUAAGAAAGAGCAGGAUGAAGGUCAAAGGUCAAAGGAGAGCCAAUCGCAGUCCAAAGGGAUUGUGCAAAGGAGCAGCGACAUUGAUCAUUCCAGUGCUUCUUCUUUCUCGGUCCCCAGCCCUCCCACUGCCUCAGUCUUCACACCACCAAUCUACAUCACUGACACCACCAGCCCCCCACAAACAAAGUCCUCCACGUCCAGGAAGUCUAAAAGGAAAAUUCCUGACUUCAGUGGCCUUCGCAAGUCUCUCGGCAAGAGGAGGGCUGAGAAACAGCACAGAAGGUCCCUAAACAACAGGGCAUCUUGUGGCGACCUGGUGGAGGAGCCAUCUCAAGUUUCUCCAUCAGGCUCGGUCUCCUCCAUGCCCUCCUGCUUGCCCUUCCUCUGGUUUGGGGAGCGAGGUAGGGAGAAAGACGAGGUGGAGGAAGGCUGCAGGAAGAAGCUGCGGUCUGUGUCCAGCAGCAGUUUGCCUUACCUGACCACCUCAGGUAGAAGAGAUCAGAGUGUUGGGUCUCGAAUGGAUAGCUUCAUCAUAGGGGGUCAUGGCUCUAGUCACUCGCUCUCUGGACAGUCUCACACUUUCACCUUUUCAUCCACGGAGACACUGGAUGAUGACCCUGUGCCGACAAAUAACAACAACCAGUGGCAAAGUCGACCAGUGUUGGAGUGGAGCAGCCAGCAUGUGUGUCUGUGGUUGAUGGCCGUGAACAUGGAGCAAUACGUGGGCGAGUUUGCAGCCAGAGGUGUGGACGGGACACAGCUGCUCGGCAUGGACAGCGACAAACUCAAGGCCUUGGGAUUGUGCCAAAGCGACCGCUCGUCUCUCAAGAAGAAGUUGAAGGAGAUAAAAAAGAGAGAGGAGAAAGAAGAGAGGGGGAGGGAGAAGCGACGGAAGAAGUCGUCCAGGGAAAAAGAGGAAUUCCGAGAGUGAAGGAAAGGAGAAAGUAUGCUUAAUGAUGGAGAACAGAUCUGCAGCGGAGUCACGACGCAGUGCUAGACUUCCGAGGACUGAGUCGCUGCUAUAGAACUUUUUUUCGGACUUUCCACCAGCACGUUGCAGUUGUAACACGCAUACAGUAAAAGUAUGAUUUGACUAUUUGAUAUCCUUUCUGAUGGGAGAACACCAAAGUUUCAAAGCAAAUAUGUCUUAUCUUUUUUUUUUUAUACUAAAUUAUCUUUUUGAUUUUUACAUGUUUUAAUAAAUAACACAUUAACCUU